AUGCACCCUCGUUCUCUAGUGUCUCCCGGCACUGCCCUUGUGGUGGUUUCGUUGGCCGUUGCUUCAUCAGCCUCAGAUAUCAUCAGCUUGACCGCCUCUUCUUUUGACACCGUCGUCCCCUCAGAAUCCCUCAUUCUCCUUAGAUUCUGUACCCCGUGGAGCAGCCACUGCAAGGCUCUGACACCGCACUACGAGCAGGCCGCGACGCUGCUGAAGGCCUAUAAUAUCAAGAUCGCCGAUGUUGACUGUGUGGAGGAACCCGAUCUCUGCGAGGUACAUCAAGCCAGAGGCUACCCCUACAUGCUCGACCAAUCCUUGCCUGCAGUCUCCGAGAUCACAGCCGCGAACCACGCAGAGUUCCAGCAGCAAGCCGCUCAUAACAAGAAGGCCGUCGCCAUCGCAUAUCUCUCCUCCCCGACUGGACCCCCUGCAGACGCGUUCGGCGCGGUUGCACAGAAACUCCGCGACAGCAGCUAUCUCUUCGGUCUCUCCACCGACGACGACGCCAUCGCCGCCGCGGGCGUCACACCCCCUGCUAUCGUAGCGUACCGCAGCUUCGACGACCCCAAGACCCCAUGCCCCCUCCCCGUCUCGCGCGCCACAGCCGCCGAACUGGAAGAAUGGAUCACCGGCCUCUCCGUGCCCCUCAUCGCCGAACUCGGCGCCGAAAACUACCACAGCUACGCCAUCAGCCCGAAGUACCUCGCCUCCCUCUUCCUCGAUCCCUCUGACCCACAGAAAGACGCGCGCCUCGAAGCGAUGCGGCCUGUAGCGCGGAAGUACAGGUCGAGAGUGAACUUCGUGUGGAUCGACGCCGUCGAGUUCCGCGAACACGCCAGAGCGCUGAAUCUGAAGGACGCGAAAUGGCCUGCGUUCGUUAUCCAAGACUUCGGCAGGCAGCAGCGGACAUACGCGCUCGAUCAACGCGUGGACAUUACACCCGCGUCGGUGGAGGAUUGGGUGCGGCAACUGCUCGAAGGCCAGCUCGACCCGCCACUGAAGAGCGCGCCGAUCCCCGAGGCGCAGGACGGGCCCGUGUUCACCCUGGUCGGCCAGCAAUUCGACGAGAUCGUCUUCGAUGACUCGAAGGAUGUCUUCCUUGCGCUUUACACCACUUGGUGUGGGCACUGCAAGCGCAUGCACGCCGCCUGGGAUGCCCUCGGCGCGAAGUACGCCGCCCUCACGGAUAGGAUCACCAUCGCCAAGAUGGAAAUGGCUGCGAACGAGCUCCCGGCGUCGGCCCCCUUCCGCGUCGCUGGGUUCCCCACCAUCAAGUUCAAGCGCGCGGGCACCCGCACGUUCAUCGACUACGCGCGCCCGCGCACCCUCGAGGACUUUGUUGCGUUCGUCGAGGAGCAUGCGGCGAAUAGCCUGGCCCCCGUUGUUCCUGCAGGAGCAGAGGGUGGGCAGAUCCGCCUGGGUGUUGAACGUUGA